ACGGUCGAACGGCCGGUUCCGGCUGAAUGUCAGUGCGGGGCUGUGGGCCGGGGAGGAAGGUGGUUGGCGGUCCCUUCAUCACCUCCGGGGCUUGUGCUGCGGUCGCGGGCUCCCGGUAGCUGGGCCGCUGGGUCAUGAGACCGUGAGGCGAGGGACCCGUCGGGGCCGCCGACAUGUUUGGCCGCUCACGGAGCUGGGUGGGCGGGGGCCAUGGCAAGUCUUCCCGCAACAUCCACUCCUUGGACCACCUCAAGUAUCUGUACCAUGUUUUGACCAAGAACACCACAGUCACAGAACAGAACCGGAAUCUGCUAGUGGAGACCAUCCGUUCCAUCACUGAGAUCCUGAUUUGGGGAGAUCAGAAUGACAGCUCUGUGUUUGACUUCUUCCUGGAGAAGAACAUGUUUGUUUUCUUCUUGAACAUCCUGCGGCAGAAAUCUGGCCGCUAUGUAUGUGUUCAGCUGUUGCAGACCUUGAACAUCCUCUUUGAGAAUAUCAGUCACGAGACCUCACUUUAUUAUUUGCUCUCUAAUAACUAUGUAAAUUCUAUCAUUGUCCAUAAGUUUGACUUUUCUGAUGAAGAAAUUAUGGCAUAUUACAUAUCAUUCCUGAAAACACUUUCGUUAAAACUCAACAACCACACUGUCCAUUUUUUUUACAAUGAGCACACUAAUGACUUUGCCCUGUACACAGAAGCCAUCAAAUUUUUUAAUCACCCUGAAAGCAUGGUUAGAAUUGCUGUCAGAACCAUCACAUUGAAUGUCUACAAAGUGGAUAACCAGGCCAUGCUACACUAUAUCAGAGAUAAAACUGCUGUCCCUUACUUCUCCAACUUGGUCUGGUUCAUCGGGAGCCACGUGAUCGAACUUGACAACUGUGUGCAGACUGAUGAGGAGCACCGGAAUCGGGGAAAACUGAGUGACCUGGUAGCUGAGCACCUGGACCACCUACACUAUCUUAAUGACAUCCUGAUUAUCAACUGUGAGUUCCUCAAUGAUGUGCUCACAGACCACCUGCUCAACAGACUCUUCUUGCCCCUCUACGUGUACUCACUGGAGAACCAGGACAAGGGAGGAGAACGGCCAAAAAUCAGCCUGCCAGUUUCGCUCUAUCUUCUGUCACAGGUUUUCCUAAUUAUACAUCAUGCACCCCUGGUGAACUCGUUAGCUGAAGUCAUUCUGAAUGGUGACCUAUCUGAGAUGUACGUUAAGACUGAACAGGAUGUUCAGAGAAGUUGUGCCAAGCCCAGCAUUCGGUGUUUUAUUAAACCCACUGAGACACUUGAGCGGUCCCUUGAGAUGAAUAAGCACAAGGGCAAGAGGCGGGUGCAAAAGAGACCCAACUACAAAAACGUUGGGGAAGAGGAAGAUGAGGAGAAAGGGCCCACUGAGGAUGCCCAAGAAGAUGCUGAGAAGUCUAAAGGUACAGAGGGUGGUUCAAAAGUCAUCAAGACGAGUGGGGAGAGUGAAGAGAUAGAGAUGGUGAUCAUGGAGCGCAGCAAGCUCCCAGAGUUGGCGGCCAGCACCUCUGUGCAGGAGCAGAACACCACAGACGAGGAGAAGAGCGCUGCCACAGGCUUGGAGAGUGUGCAAUGGAGCAGGCCCUUCCUGGACAUGGUGUACCAUGCCCUGGAUAGCCCAGAUGAUGAUUACCACGCGCUCUUCGUGCUUUGCCUCCUCUACGCCAUGUCUCACAACAAAGGCAUGGAUCCUGAAAAACUCGAGCGAAUCCAGCUCCCAGUGCCCAAUGUGGCUGAGAAGACCAUUUACAACCACCUGCUAGCUGAAAGACUCAUCAGGAUCAUGAACAAUGCUGCCCAGCCAGAUGGGAAGAUCCGGUUGGCGACACUGGAGCUGAGCUGCCUGCUCUUAAAGCAGCAAGUUGUGACUAGCAUGGGCUGCAUCAUCAAGGACGUGCACCUGGCCUGUCUGGAGGGUGCGAGGGAAGAAAGCGUCCACCUCGUGCGGCACUUCUACAAGGGAGAAGAAAUUUUUUUGGACAUGUUUGAAGAUGAGUACAGGAGCAUGACAAUGAAGCCAAUGAACGUGGAGUAUCUCAUGAUGGAUGCCUCCAUCCUGCUGCCCCCCACAGGCACACCACUGACGGGCAUUGAUUUUGUGAAGCGGCUGCCAUGUGGUGAUGUGGAAAAGACCCGGCGGGCCAUCCGGGUGUUCUUCAUGCUCCGUUCCCUGUCACUACAACUGCGAGGGGAACCCGAGACCCAGUUGCCACUGACGAGGGAGGAAGACCUGAUCAAGACUGAUGAUGUCCUGGAUCUCAACAACAGCGACCUGAUCGCGUGCACAGUGGUCACCAAGGAUGGCGGCAUGGUCCAGCGAUUCCUGGCUGUCGAUAUUUAUCAGAUGAGUUUGGUGGAACCCGACGUGUCCAGGCUUGGCUGGGGAGUGGUCAAGUUUGCGGGCCUUCUGCAGGACAUGCAGGUGACUGGCGUGGAGGAUGACAGCCGUGCCCUGAAUAUCACCAUCCACAAGCCUGCAUCCAGCCCCCACUCCAAGCCUUUCCCCAUCCUCCAGGCUACCUUCGUCUUCUCAGACCACAUCCGCUGCAUCAUUGCCAAGCAGCGCCUGGCUAAGGGCCGCAUUCAGGCAAGACGCAUGAAGAUGCAGAGGAUAGCUGCCCUCCUAGACCUUCCGAUCCAGCCAACCACUGAAGUCCUCGGAUUUGGACUCGGCUCCUCCACUUCCUCCCAGCACCUGCCUUUCCGAUUCUACGACCAGUGCCGCCGAGGCAGCAGCGACCCCACAGUGCAGCGCUCUGUGUUCGCGUCUGUGGACAAGGUGCCAGGCUUUGCCGUGGCCCAGUGCAUAAACCAGCACAGCUCGCCGUCCCUGUCCUCGCCAUCGCCAUCUGCCAGCGGGAGCCCCAGCGGCAGCGGGAGCACCAGCCACUGCGACUCAGGAGGAGCCAGCUCAUCGUCCACCCCCUCUGUUGCCCAGAGCCCAUCAGUCAGGAGUGGCAGGAAAGGACGCCGGCGAGUGUUCAGCCUGUCGGAGGCCGACAGUCACGGCGGCCACUGGGUUUAGUGCUUCGAACGGCAGCUGUCACGGCAACUCUGGCACAGUCAAUUCAGAUGACCCCAUGACUAUGGAACAGCCUCAGCCUAACCUUCCUGACCAGUUGGUGAUCAUCAAUGACAUGGAAGCAGACACCAGGCCCAGCAAGAGCCUGGCAAGGAGCGUGGACAUGGAGACAGUCAGUCUGUCCCCCAGCCUCACCCCGGCCCAGCAGCCCACCAUCUCCCUGCUCUGUGAGGACACUGCCGACACGCUAAGUGUAGAGUCACUGACCCUCAUCCCACCCGUUGACCCCCACAGCCUCCGCACCCUUGCAGGCAUCCCCCCACCCCCCACACUAGCCACAGAGGGCACAGUGACCCCAGGCGAGGAGGUUGCACCCCCAGAGCCAGCAGGCCCCACCGAGCACUAAGUGGGAGCUGAGCAGCCUCCCUUUGUGCGUGUGGCCCCGCUGGUAGGGACCCAGUGCCACUGACUCCAAAGACACUUUGGGAGCAUCCACAGCAACCAUCUUCGCCACCCACCCUUGUGCUCCUUGACUGCAUUUGAAUUCCUCUUUCACUUCGCACUUUGUGGAGAACAGCUGGGCCUGGUGGAGACACCCCAGCAAACCCAGAGGGCUGAGGUGGCCCUCGGGAAGGAGGUUGGGCUCCUGCUCUCUGAGCCCCACCGCCCCCCGGGGGGCAGGGCCCUUCGGCACAAGUCCCUUCAGCAGCCAGCCCUCCCCAGGCUGCUCACCGCUCCGCCGUGCCAUCCCAUUGUGCACACAAGAAGUGGACAAGGUCGCUGUAGGUAGAAAUUUGUAGAAAAGUGAACUUUGAUAAACAUCUUUUUUGGGUAUUUAUUUCCGCUUUUGGCAGCAGGUGAAAAGCAUUUAUUUAAAAAGCAUCUAUUUUUUAAAAGACAAAGUCCAAAAAAGUCCUCAAUGCUAAGGUUUGAUGUCAUGUAAAAAGUGUAAGAUUGCUGUUCAGAUUUCAUUUUCAUUUUCCCUUGAACAUCCCAGUUGUUUGGGUUUAGAGUUCUCAGUCUGGCGUUCUCUGUUUUCUUAAGUGAUUCUUACUUCUUUAUUGCUCACUGACUCUGCAAGCCUGUGGGAUGAUAAAGUACCUUCCUGGAAAGUUUAGAGUAUUUUUUAAACAAAAUAAGGGAGACACAUGCAUUCUCAGGUACACACAGAGUGGAGAGAGCUGAGAGUUUCUCUGUCGUGGCAGCCAAGGGGCCUUGCACUGGUUAUCUGAAAGAUCUUUUCACAAAAGGGGGUCAUGCAGUCAGCUCCUGGCUUGGGGCCCAUUCCUCAUCUCUCUGGGCUGGAGGCAAGCAGGACUGUUUCUCAGCAUCACCUUCUGUGGCUGCCAUCUUUGUUUGUCUAAGAGAGAAUCUUUGGGACCAUGAGGACCCCAGCCCCAGCAGCUACGAUGGGAAGCAAAGGCCAUGGAAGCCAUCCUCUACAUCACCUGCCGCGCAGCUCUGCGCACCUCCUCUCUGCUGCUGCAAGAAAGACAUGAGCUUGUUUUUAAAAUGAACCCUCUGCCCAGUCCCUUCUUCCUUUGGGCUGGGUGUGUGGGGGGCGGGGGGCAGUUCUCCACCAUAUCCAGUAAAGCAGCCAACGUGUUCCUUGCAACUUGGCACAGCCAAGCGACCCCCCCUUCCUUCUGGUCCAUGCGAAGACCUUCCACAACUUUCCUCCAUGUGUCCACCAGGGGUGUCAGCACACACAGCGUCGGUGUCGGCCGAGCCCAGUUACCGGGUGGCCUCAGAAGAUGCUGCGAAUGCUCAUCAUCCAUCUAUUAGAGGACACCAUCCUCACUGCCUCCCUCAAUCCAGCUGUCACAGCAGGGCCUGCUGAGGCCACAUUUCAGCCUCCUGAAGCAAACACACAUCCUGCGGAGGAGGCGCAGUCGUGCCUGUGGGCGCGGGUCUCUAGUCAUCAGAGGCCUCCAGGAGCUGUGUCCACCAACCUUCAGUCUGGUUUUCAACUGACUGGGGCAGCAGGAGUGAAGAGACCAGUGACUUCCCAGGCCAGCGGCAUUAUUGGGAGGAACAAGCCCACGCAGGCGGACCCAGGCCCUCCCUGAGCCCACCGCCCACUGUCUGAAGUCCAGGUGUAGGUGGCUUUGUGGCCUCAGAGCACUGAAGGGGAAGGAAUGUCUUGGGCAGGGGAGACAGCCCAGCCCGCCUCGGGGGGGGGGGGGGGGGGCCCUCUGACCCCUCGGGUCCUUAGACUCAGAUCUCUGGGGUUAGCCUCAGUCAGCCCUUCCAGCCCCAUCUCCACAUCCCUACAGAAGGAUCGGCUGGGGUUGGUCUCACCCUCCCCAAGUCCACACUGGGCCCUUUGGGUUUGCCAAGUCAGGGGGCAGGCUUGACACAUGAACCCCCAAAGCUCAACUUUGAAAGCUGCUGUGGAGAAGCACAUGUCCUUUCUGGUUUGAGUAAGGAUGCCUCUCCCCAAAAGUCAGAUGGGGCGAGCUCAAGGAGCUCCCCAGGGAGGGGUGGGCAGGAGGGCCCCACCUCCACCAGCAGGCCCUCUCCGCUCCCCUUCCCCUCCAUCAAGCCUGCCCUGCCCUGCGCUCUCCGCAGAAGGCAGCUUCCCACCAAAACACUGGCAUUAGCAAGUGACCCGGGUGAGUGAAGAAACUCACCCCUUCACAGACAUACACAAGAUUUCUCCAAGGUCUCAAGAUGCACUGUUUUAAAAAAAAAAAAAAAAAAAAAAAAAGCAUGGGGUGAACUGAUUCUCAUCUUUUCUAGAUGCAAUAAGAAAUGUUUCAUGUAGUCAUGUUGACACUGGGCAUACACUGUAAGGGUUCCUAUUCCUAAUGUUCCUCUGAACUGAAAAAUAUGUAAAUAAUUCUUGUCUCAAGGAGGAGCAGCAUUAGGAAACCUCAUGCUUCUGGGUUGAGGGACCGUUCCAGGGAAGAACCUGCUUACCAGUGUGACUCAUGCUUCAUGAGUACUGCACACCAGGGUGGAAACGAAAACUGGAACUUCCUUGUAAAUUGAUACUUGGCAAUAAAAGAGAAAGAGUUCCCAGAA